CAAAGGCCACAGACGAUGGAGAAAGCUGAAGGAGAAUAAGGACGAAGGAGAACAACCAAAGCAGCAACCCUCGCGACCUCGCGUGGAAGAAUCUGAGUAAGGAGCGAAGAACACAAACGAAAACAAUCCUCAUGAAGUCCGUCAGUGGGUCAUCUUCUUGGACCUGUAACUCGAUUACGCGUAAUUGCCAUCACAACAUACAAGCGAACUUAAGAACGGUGAAGAAAGGGCGAAAUUUGGGGAGAAAAUUCUUUGGAUGCUCACUUUGGCCUAAUGCAGAUUGUAGGUACUUUGAAUGGUACAAUGACAAUGAGGUGGAGUGUCAUGAUGAAUACAAACUGAUGGACAAAGACAUAGCCAUUGAAAGGUUGUUGGCAGAGAAGAAGUUCUUGGAAGAAAAACUGCAAAAGAUAAAGAACAAGAAAAAGAAGAUGUGUGUUCUGAUAACUGAAAUGCAGAUGAAGGCUUCCAAAAGUGCUAAAGGAGAAAGAGCUGCUAUUAUGAUUGUACUUGUAUUUUGGAUAGUGUUUGCUAUUCUAAGUUAUUUGAAGUGAAAUGUAUUUGAGUAAACUUUGUAGUCAUGUACUUUUUGAGGUUGUAUCUUAGGUCUUGUAAGUUAUCUUGUAUGUUUGGAAGUUGGAAUGUAACAGUCAAGAAGUUUACAAGUUGAAAUGUAACAGUCAUUAUAUCUUUG